CCCUGCGGAGCGAAGCAGGAAGGCCGCAGUGAGCAGGGCCGAACAUGGCGCCCGGAGGGGCCCUCGCCCUCGCCUUGCGCCUCUGCCUCCCUAGCGGCUUCGCGCAGGCUCCUCGGAGCGGGAGGCUCCGGAGGUGGGGGAGGCGCCGGCCUGCUUCGCCGAAGCAGGGGAGGGCGGUCUGUAGGGAGAUGUCAGCCGGCCGCCCCUUGCUAAGGGCCAGGAGACACCAUGCCAGAAACCAGGCAUGUUAGUAGAGCAGAUGGGAAUUGACCGUGACACGGGAGUGAAAAAUAGUCUUUGGUUAUUCUUGUGAUGUCUCCUUCAACAUACUGGACGCUGUUUUGAAGCGGAAGAAUCCUUUGAAGUGUUUUGACAAGAAAAAGGAGAAGUCGGAAGUUUUGAGUGUUCCCUGGUUUACGAAUCUAAAAUGGAGAAGAAAAAAGAUAGUAACUUAACUGAACGCAGUAUGAAGCUACUUAAGAUUAACAGGCUGGAAGAAAUCAAUGCACGAUACAACAGUAUCAGGCUGGAAAAAACAGCCUUUUUUCAGAGCAUGGAAAAAGUGCAGAGGACUAGAAGCUUUCAGGAAGAAAAAUUCAGUGAAUCAGAUGCUGGAACAGAAGAUGAAGAGGUCAUCAAAGAAAAGUCGUAUUUGAGUGAAACAGAAACAAAUUCUAUAAAAGAACAGAAACCAUCAGAUUUCACAGAGGGGGCCAUCCAGAAGAGCCAGUCCUGCUCUCACAAAGAGAAAGUUCAUAAGCUCAACAAGGAGAAUGCUGAGAAGGCAAGUUCUGUGCUGCUUCAAAUGGAUUCUGCCAGAUUUCAUACUGAAGGGCCAAAGAAGAAGGGAGAAAGUUUGGCUUUUGAAAGCUAUUACAAAUACAGGAAGAACUCAGUUCAGCAACCCUUCACUACAGAAAAGCAACAAGAAGAUACUGUUGAUGAUGGUUGUCAAAGGGUACCUGAACAGGAGAUAGAGAGUGAAUCUCUAGCAGGUGGGAAGAGGAAGGAGGAACAUCAGGCGUAUGAAGAUGAAAGGCAAGAGGAAAGGGAAAAUGAAGAGGAGGGAGAUGCUGGUGAGAAUGAAGAGGUUGAUGAACCAUCAGCUGCUUCCCAAAAUGAAGAUGAAGCAGGAGAAGACCGCAGUCAAGAGGCACCACAGGAAAGGUGUAAAGGCUGCGAAAAAGGUGAUAAUCCCGUUCCACCAGCACCAUUUGAUCACAGGAUUGUCUCAGCCAAAAGGGUGGGGAUCAGCAGUUACUAUAACGUCAGCAAGAAUGAAAUCCUGGGAGGAGGGCGAUUUGGCCAAGUGCACAAAUGUGAAGAGAAAGCAACAGGUCUCAAGCUGGCAGCCAAAAUUAUAAAAGCCAAAGGUGAUAAACAAAAGGAUGAGGUAAAGAAUGAAAUCAGUGUUAUGAACCAACUGAACCAUGUGAACCUCAUCCAGCUAUAUGAUGCCUUUGAAUCCAAAAAUGACAUUGUCCUGGUCAUGGAAUAUGUGGAAGGUGGAGAAUUAUUUGACCGAAUUAUUGAUGAAAACUACAAUUUGACAGAGAUGGAUACCAUCUUGUUUAUAAAACAGAUCUGUGAGGGGAUUCAGUACAUGCACCAAAUGUAUAUUCUUCAUUUGGAUCUCAAGCCUGAGAAUAUCCUCUGUGUGAACCGAGCAGCAAAUCAAAUAAAAAUUAUUGAUUUUGGUUUGGCAAGAAGAUAUAAACCCAGAGAAAAACUUAGAGUUAACUUUGGGACUCCAGAAUUCCUUGCACCUGAAGUUGUGAAUUAUGAGUUUGUCUCAUUUCCUACAGACAUGUGGAGUGUAGGAGUCAUUGCUUAUAUGCUGCUGAGUGGGUUGUCUCCUUUUUUGGGUGAUGAUGACAGUGAGACUCUCAACAAUAUCCUAGUUUGUAGCUGGAAUUUUGAAGAUGAGCAAUUUCGAGAUGUUUCUGAUGAAGCCAAAGAUUUCAUCUCAAAGCUUCUCAUCAAGGAAAAAUGCUGGAGAAUAAGUGCAACUGCUGCCUUAAAACACCCAUGGUUAUCAGACCACAAGCUCCACUGCAGACUCCAGAAGAAGGCUAAAGGUGGCUGUGUGUCUCCAGCACCCCUGGCUCAAUAACCUCUCUGAAAGAGCUGCCAAACAGAAGAAAAGCUGCUGUGUGGUUACUGCUGCUAAAAGAUUUGAAAAUAUCAGCAGUCUUGGUGCUUUAGCCCCCUGCCAUGACCCAGACUUUUACUAAAUGGACCAACAGCACUUUAGCUGCAGGACAAGUCCAAGCAUUGCUGAGCUGCUUCCUCUCUAUUCAGCUAUCAAAAGAGGGAAAGUAUUUCUGCAGUUUGCAGUAAGGUGUUUUUGCUUGAAUACCGUGUUCUCCAUGGCUGAUAGUGCUACUUUAGGUUGGAUUCACAAUGAUCUUUUUUUUCUAUCUUGUCUUUCAUCCUCAUUUAGAUAUCAAGGGCUCCUUAAGUUUCAAAUUAGGAUGUUAAAUUAGCUGUUUCUCCUCUCAACCCAGAAGACAGCCUGUCACUGCAUUAUAUUUGUAGCCAAGGUCAAUUUGACACAGAAAUCAAAUUGCUAGGGGGGAAAAAAAAAAAAAAAAUUUAAAGCCACAUUAUGCAGAAGAUCUGAAGUUUGAUUU